CGGGUCGUCGGCGUCCUGGUGGUGGUCGUAUCUUAUCUCUCUCACUGCCAUAGUGCCAUCGUGCGAGCGGCGAGAAAGUAGAAGGAAGUGUGUCGUACUCGUACUCAUACCGGGUUGGUUGGUUUUUGAGACGUGUGCGGUCGGGAGAGGGGAUGGAGAGAAAGGGAGGGUGCUGCCUCGCGCCGAGGUACGCCGCCACCGCGGCCGCGCAGCAGGCAGGCGCGGCCUGGCAGAUGGGGAGGAUCAUGCUCAAGUUCCGCCCGAUUGCGCCUAAGCCGGCGGCCAUGGCGCCCGCGCCGGCACCGGCAUCGGCACCGGUGACCGGAUCAGCCGCCGGUGCCGGGAGAGGGAAGCGAAAGGCCGCGUGCGGAGGCGGCGGGAGGAGGGGCCGGAAGCCCAAGAAGGCGGCCAAAGUUGCGAUGGUGACUGCAGCGCCUGCGGCGACGGCGGCGGCGCAAGAUGUGGGCGACUGCCGGGAGCACUGCGACAAGGAGAAGUCGUCUUCGUCGCCGUCCUCGUCCUCGUCGGGGACGUCAUCCGUGGACUCGUCGCCGCCACCCCGGCCGCAGCAGCGCCAGCUCGCAACGCUGCCGCUCAUGCCCGUGACGGCGGCGGAGGAUAAGGCCGCUGCUUGUCCUGCGACAGUGGGGCCGGAGCUCGUGCCGUCUCAGGUGGCUACGGCGGCACGGCCGUUGGCUCCGCGCGCGAUGCGCCCCGCUGCUGCUGCAGCUUACUUGGUGACGGUGGAAGAGGUGACCGCGACGUGGCGCGACGGCGAGGCGCCGGCCUCCGCGACGGGCCACGACGAGGCCCCGGCGUUCGUGUCGGACCAGUGGGGCCGCGUCACGUUGUGGAACGCCGCGUUUGUCCGCGCUGCAUCCGCGGACGACGGCGACGAGGCGGCGGCGCCCGUGGUGCUCGGCGGUGCCCUCCCGGCGUGGGGCACCUGCGCGGGAUUCACGUGCCGCGUCCGCGCCCGGCACUGGAGCGCCCGGCGCGUCGGUUCCCCCGUGGUGGCGCCCUGCGAUGUGUGGCGUCUGGACGCCGCCGGCAGCUACCUUUGGCGGCUGGACCUGCAGGCCGCGCUCACUCUCGGCGGCUGCCUGUGAACCGUACACCACUGUCAAGAGCAAGCAACGAAUAUGCUGUGCUACUCCUCUACGUGCGGAGACGUGUUGUAUUUUAUUCUAUGAGCGUUAUUUACUGACGUAAGGUAUGGUUUAAUCGACGGAUUGCUAUCCUGGUCGGGCUUAAUUAAGGACGUUGAAGCCUGGUAAGGUAUACUAACUUAGCGUCCUUCGGAAUGGGAGUGAGUUGGGAGGACUUGAAAAUGUAAGAAGAAGAAAACAAAGCAUGUGAUGGAUGCUUCUGGAUGUGCAAGCUCAGUCUUCAU